UUUUAGUGACAUAGAAACGUAAAAUCGUAAAUUUUUAAGUUUUAAAACUCAAUUUUAACUACAUUGGUUGUAUGUAUUGUGUCCCAUAUAUACAGAGACUAUAGACAGCCGUCGCCAUCCAUAAUCCGCUACUUUCGUCGGCCGGCCCCAUGCACAUUCCUCGUCGUGGUUUCCAGCCAGCUACCGCGUUUUGUGAGAUGAUCAUGAUUCCAUCGGGAACCACUUUCGAGCUGAUAAAAGUUUGGUUUAGACUUGUAUGUCAUGAAGUACUAGUAUAAGAUUCAAUUAUCAAUUCUAACCCGCAAAAUGUUACUUGAUUUAUCUAUACACAAUUAUCAAUUAACAAAAGAGGCCGAACCAAGAUCAAUGGGAUGUCCACAUUGAUACCAUUAGUUGGACUUUUCCCCUCCGCGUUAAUUAUUUGCCAAUCACAUGAACCAAAAACACUGUCGACAAUCACAACGUAGAGAGACACUACUCCAAUCACAUUGUAUAAUACAAUCUUAUAAACUCCAAUCAUUUUUAGUUUCAAGAGUGCGUUCUGUUCAAUACGUCUACUUGUAACAUUAUCAAUAUCGCAUAUGAUCAACAUAUGAUACACUAUCUUCUAAGGUUGUAUGUUGUAGAGCAUAGUUUAUGACAAUUAAUUUCGAACUUUUCUAAUAAUAAUCACUUGAAACGAAUAAAUAUUGUUUUCAUGUCGUUCAUGGAUUGGCCAAAUAACCAACAAUUGCAUGGCGCAUCUGAUCGCCUUGUUAGGAAGUGGUUAAGUAACAUACAUGAUUUAUGACAUGAUAUCGCAGUUGGUUUAUCCUUGAGGUCACGCGUGUUCAAGUCCUCACGACCACCAAUAUUUAAACGUUGCCUCUCAAGCACAUGGUAUGGCGGGGUACGAGAGGUAAUUACAUGGUUUUUACAAGAAUAAUCUAGGAAUAUUGUUGACGGUUACGCAAUAUAAAGAGCUAGCAAUAGGGUGAGAAGAUCAUCUGCUGAUUAAACACUAACAACCAAUGUCGUCCACCUUCUUCUAACGCUUCUUCUGAUGCCUUCUUGUUUGUCCAAACUUGCAUGCAGCCGAACAUUAUCCUAGCUCCAAAGCAACUUGGCUUAUCUCAUGACUACACACGCACAAAACUGGGAAUCUAAAGCCCAAUUUUAGUUCCGGUUCAAUAUCCACAAUCUUGUUUCUUCUCAUGGCUGUAAAUCAAUUCGGUCCAACCCAGGUUGGAUCCACACUCCAGCCCAUUCAUCCAAACCCAUGAAAACCCGUGAUUGGCGGAUUUAAAAAUAAACUUUACAAAAAUCGUUUGCGCGUGUACUUCAAUCGCCCACCUCUUUCCCUCUCUCAGUCUCUCUCUCCAUCUGAUCUUUCUUUCCCAAGCUGUACUGUAAAUUCCAAAACCUUUUUUUUUAGUUUUCUCUCUCCUUCUCCCUCUCUGCUUUUCCCCUUUUCGUUCAUCUCAGCUAGCCAGUGACCACAAACACUUUCCUCCAUUUGCCCCCUUUCUCCCCCUUCUUCCUCUUCUCCCCCCACAUUGCCGUCGAUUCAUCCUCCGGCAGCCGUCUGAGCUUUCUCUUCUCACCAAUCUAACUCCUACCAUGGCGCCAACUCCACGGCCGACGUUGCUUCUCCUCUUCACAUCCUCCAUUUUCUUCUACCUAGCAGCAGUCUCCGAAUCCAACCUCUCCUACAACUACUACGACAAAUCCUGCCCCAAAUUCGCACAGAUCAUCCAGGACACCGUCACCGACAAGCAAAUCAAGAGCCCCACCACCGCCGCCGGAACCUUACGCCUCUACUUCCACGACUGCUUCGCCAACGGCUGCGACGGCUCCGCCCUAAUCUCCUCCACCGCAUUCAACAGGGCCGAGCGCGACGCCGACAUCAACCUCUCCCUCCCCGGCGACGCCUUCGACCUCGUCACGCGCGCCAAGGUCGCUCUCGAGCUCACCUGCCCCAACACCGUCUCCUGCUCCGACAUCCUCGCCGUCGCCACGCGAGAUCUCGUCACCAUGGUCGGCGGCCCCUUCUACAGCGUCCUCCUCGGCCGCCGCGACUACCGCGUCUCCAAAUCCUCCGCCGUCCCGGGGAAUCUCCCCUUGCCGUCAAUGUCGACAUCGCAGAUGAUCGACAUGUUCGCCGCCAGAGGGUUCUCCGCCCAGGAGAUGGUGGCGCUGAGCGGGGCCCACACCAUCGGAUUCUCCCACUGCAAGGAGUUCACGGCACAGCUCUACAGCAACGGCACGGGAUCCGGUGGGUACAAUCCUAGAUUUGCGCAGGCGCUGCAGAAGGCGUGCGCGAAUUACAAGAAGGACCCGUCGAUCUCGGUGUUCAACGACAUCAUGACGCCCAACAAGUUCGACAAUUUGUACUACCAGAACUUGCCCAAAGGGUUGGGCCUGCUGGCGUCGGACCACGGGCUCGUCUCCGAUGGCCGGACCCGGCCGUUUGUGGAGCUGUACGCCAGGGAUCAGAACAAGUUCUUCAAGGAUUUCGCCAAGGCGAUGCAGAAGCUGAGCGUCUACGGGAUCAAGACUGGGAGGAGAGGCGAGAUUAGGCACAGGUGUGAUGCUGCCAACUGAUUGGAUUGGAUUCUUUUUCUUCUUUUUGGAACGGCAUUGAUUCAUAUAUGGUCGGUCAAUCUCUCUUGGAUUUAAAGUCCGGAGGUUGUUAUAUUUUCAUGAUUAUAAAUGGUCUUUUUUUUGGGUUGUGAUCGUUGUUCUUUCCUUUUUGGUUCUAAGAGCUUCUACAAAUUGAUCGGUUUUAGAUAGGAUUAUCUUGUAUUACCAGAGAGGGGUUUUUCAUACGGGGAGAUGGAGGAAGAAAGCAAGAAAGAGCUUACAUUGUAUCAAGCAAGAAAAAAAAAGGAAAAGGGCUGAUUUGAACUUUGUAAAAAUUGAUACUUUACAUUUGAGCAUGUUAUGAUCAUGUUAAUUUGAUAUAGUUUGGUUCUGCUCCGGUUCAUCUCCCACUGUCUAAAUUGAAAAUUUCGGCGAAUUUAUCGGCCCUGAAUCACUUGCUCUCAUGAGUUGAUCAUAUAUAAUUUGUGACGCCCUUGAACAGGGUGUGUUAUUCUUCUUAGUUGUCUAAGGUUUUUUGAAACUGCUUGUGUUUAGUUUGGGUGAUAUCACUCGAUUGAGCGAUCCUCCUUAUGAUCUCCAACCAUCCAACGUGUGUGCGCUUCACCUUACUUUAUAGCGCGGGGUAAAGCGUUGAAAAGAAUUUGAGAAGUGUAUGAUCCAACUGGUAACCUUACGGUGAUAUAUUGAUGAAGAAUGCAUCAUAAUGUUGUUAAGCACACAGGCGUAAUCAAGCAUGAUGAUGAACCUACCUAACGACAACAUCAGUCUCGUAGAUGCACAUCUCAUUAUAUCGGUGUAAUCGAUUCUGCUCUUGCGGAAGAAUCCAGCAGAGUUUGUAAAAGUUUGCGCUGAGAAUGAGUCCCCUGAGGUGAGCCUGACCCAGGGUUGCUGCUGCUGGUGGCUGGCUAGGUGUAGUGAAUAUGAGAAACUGAAACUAACCAGUCAACCCAACAGUGAGUCAGGUCAGUUGGAAGGAGAAGAAGGUAGAAAAUGGGGGAUUGGAAGAAUCCAAAGCUGAGAAGGAUUAUUAAAAUGGUAAUGGGAAGUGAGGACCGGGGAGCAAGCAAUUAAGCAUUACCAUAAUACCGAGGUAGAGGCGCAAUCAGCGGUGAGUUUAUUAUAUGGGAUUCUGAAAUUGGGAGCUUAUUAACGAUAAAUUAAAAUUCCUUCCGACUGUCACGACUCUACUCUAUGCUGAAUUUUGGCAUUGGGGUUGUGGUGUGAGAGAUUAUAUUAUUAGUGCCGGCUCCAUUACUGGACAAUGUUUUGGUCAUUACUCAGAAGCGUCGGUGACACCUUGUCCCAGAAGAACCAAUUCCUUACAUGUGCGCAGCCGGCUUUCAAGGCAUAUUUCCUCGUCAUUUCCCACCGGAGACAGUUGCGAUUAACAUCUCGAGACCGUGGUUCAUAAAGAAAUGAUAAACAGUUGCGGAUAGUCUCAGGGUUUCUUCAUCAGGACAUUUCAAAUUCCUACUCGGCAGAGCUACUUGCAGCCUUCUUGUUUAUGAUCACCCGUCACAUACUUAAGGUGUGUGCUCCGAUUUCUUUGGGGUGAUACCCUAUUGAUUCAUUUGAUUGUGCGAGUACCAUCUAUUGAUAUGUCUUUUUUCAAGUGUUAUGGUGUUCAGGGUGCUUUUUCGCAAGUUCUAUUGUCCUACUUAUGAAGUCGCGCACAAAAUUAUGUUGAUGUCUACGUCAAAUUCAAUGGCGGAGCCACAUUUUAUCCAUGAAGAGCUAUAGUCUCUCAAUUUUUAAAUGUAGAUAAAUUUACAUGUAUAAUUUGCAACAAAAUUGAAAAAUAGACUAAUUGGCAAGGCUCUUGCUCCCUCUCCGAUGACCAUGGUCAAAUCUCUCAAGUAUAAAUUUUUUAGCCGCUCGUUCAGAUUUCUAACUUCGUCCUUAAAUCGAACCGUUGAUGUGAUUUGAAUCUGACUAUUAGCCGCUAUGAGUACUAUAAGUACUUCUCAUACUCCUCUGUAAUCUGUAUCUCCUCAAGUGUAGUGAAAAUUGGCUCUCUCCUGCCCGUUGACUAGCUAACACACAUUGUGUUAGUGAAGCACGUAAAUUGUGUAUGUUCGCUUGCUCGCCAAUCCUCAUUUCAGUCCCGUGAAGUUCUCUCCUCCUUGUCGCAUGCCUCUUCUUUCCUGUCUCAUGCUCUUGUGUGUAUGCUAGUCCUCUCCGGGAAGAUCCUCCUCAAUAACUUCUGAAGAUAAUUUUCGAUGAUGUUGUCCAAGUUUCUGACUGCUCGUCUGACCUUGUUGUGUGUGACUCGGACGGGCAUGUGCUUCUGGCCUUGGGUGUCCAGCAUCAGUGGAUCUUAUGACUCGGAUCUUGGAGAACUCCUUGCAGCCAGGGAUGCGGUCUCUCUUGCAGCUUCUAGGAGUUUGCCUCGUGUCAUCCUCGAGUCGAUGCAGAAGCUAUCAUACUUUUAUAUUGCCGUCUGUUUCUCGAGUCUUUUUUUCAAUGUAUAGAUUUUAGUGCAGUUCCGCGGGCUGCCAACUAGGUUGCGAGCAAGAGUGGCACGUAAAGCCCUGUUGCUGUCUCGGUUAGAGUUAGCUUCUUUUGAUUUUGUUAGGUGAUUUGUUAGUGGGAUAGGGAGGGAUUGUGGGUAGUGGUUCUUUCUAACUAUUGUCUUGACUUUACUCGGCGGGGACCACGUAAAUCGUGUAUUAUGUAUGUACGCUUUCAUUUUCUUGCAUUGUUGAAUCCUUCUAUUUUCGAUCCGCAGAAAAUAGUCGUGACACGAGUAAAUAAUUUUAUAACAAAUUAUCCUGUUUUUGCAUUUAGGACAGUAAUCUACUGCCAAAAUCUCAGAUGACAAACUAUCCCUCAAAGUCGGGAUGGGAUCAGGUGCCACCGUGAUAACUAGCAAAAAACGCUACUAAAAAUAACGAAGUCACUACGAAUUAUUAUAAAAUCAAUACAACAUCUAAGCUAAAUCACUACUAAUUCAAACUAGUAGAGGGAUUAUUAUAAAAUCAAUACAACAUCUAAGCUAAAUCACUACUAAUUCAAACUAUUAGUAGUUUUUCUCUUGAUUAGGAUGGUGCUAACUAUUGUACAAUUAGCACCGUAACCGCUCUCCUCAAAGUCAUGUGUUUAAUCAAGUACGUAGGCAUUA